UCCCAGCUAGCCCUACAACUACAACCACAGAGGGUGAGAUCCCAAACAUUUUGAAGCUUCAAUGGGUCUUCACGCGCUUGAAUCGCUAACACGACGAAACAAACAAACAACCCCAAACAAACAACCCCUACUUUUCGCAUUUAUAUAACCCCAAGACAUUAACCUCCGAGACAAGAAAGAAACAGGGACGCACAGAGACACAGCAACUUCAUCAGCCUCCAAACAUUCGUAAACCCCCAUAAAUAUGCUUUCCUUUUGUUUUCUCAAGUACUUCUCAUUCCCCUGACUCUCUCUCUCUCUCUCUCUCUCUCUCUCUGAGUACCCAAUUCGUAUAAGCAGCAAGAUAUGCAACCUUGUAGCAGAGAAAUGCAGGGAAUGAACUCCCUCUUAAACCCACCUCAAAUCUCUAUCCAAGACCUCCAUAACCAACAGACACAGAUCCAGAACUCUCAGAUUCACCACCACCAGCAUCACCAAGUCCAGAACUCCCACUUCGACCCCACCUCCCAGGAAGACUUCUUGGAGCAAAUGUUCUCCACCAUCCCUCCUCCUUCCUGUUCCUGGUCCGACCUCAACCCCACCAACCUUACCAAGACCGCCUGGGAACUCAAGCCCAGAGACCUCUCCGACGAGUCGGUUCCGUCCAACCAUGACAACAACAAUGUUGCUUUCCAGUUCGAUGACGACUCCACCCUCGCUUCCAAGCUCCGAAACCACCAGAUUAGUGGUUCUGCCAAGUCGGCUUCGGCUGCUGCCGCCGCGGCUGCUGCCUUGAUGCUCCAGCAGCAUCUCUUGAUGUCCAGGGGUGUGAACGGCACCGGAGCUGGCGAGUCUGGGCUGAUUCAGAUGCCGCUAUCUUUGGUGUCAGACGACGUCGUUGAUGGGUCAUCGUCUUUCAAAUCUGCCAAUCCGGGAGGUGAGGGUUCUGUUCAAGCUCUGUAUAACGGCUUCGCUGGAUCUAUUCAGGCACCGGGUCAAACACCUAACCAGGCUCAGCAUUUUCACCAUCCUCAGGGCCAAAACUACGGGGCUCCUGGUGCCGUGAUGAACCAAGCUCCGGCGAGUGGUUCGGCCGGGAGUGCACCUGCUCAACCAAGACAGAGGGUGAGGGCUCGGCGAGGUCAAGCCACUGACCCACACAGCAUCGCCGAACGAUUACGAAGGGAGAGAAUCGCCGAGAGAAUGAAAGCCCUACAGGAACUGGUUCCCAAUGCCAACAAGACAGACAAGGCUUCAAUGCUGGAUGAGAUCAUAGACUACGUGAAAUUCCUCCAGCUUCAAGUCAAGGUUCUGAGCAUGAGUAGGUUGGGCGGUGCUGCUGCGGUCGCUCCCCUUGUUGCUGAUAUGUCGCCUGAGGGUGGCGGUGACUGUAUCCAAGCCGGUGGUGGUGGUGGCGGCAAUGGUGGGUCCCUCGGUGGGCGCAGCAGCUCUUCAAAUGGCCACCAAACGGCGUCGUCUAACGACAGCCUGACGGUGACGGAACACCAGGUGGCGAAGUUGAUGGAGGAGGACAUGGGGUCUGCCAUGCAAUACCUCCAAGGUAAAGGUCUCUGCCUCAUGCCCAUCUCACUUGCCACGGCGAUCUCCACUGUCACGUGUCAUUCCAGGAACCCCUUGAUCGGCAAUAUUAACCACCACUCGGUGCUCCAAUCCAACGGUGGCGAGGGCCCCUCCUCCCCCAGCAUGUCGGUGUUGACCGUCCAGUCGGUCACUGUGGGUAACGGUUCCGGUGAGGCUCCCGUUAAGGACGCUACCUCCGUUUCCAAGCCGUGAGUUGACGGCGUUGACUGACUUUUUGGUCAUGUAAAAGCAGUUUUUAGAAAGGAAAAAAAAAAAAAAAAAAAAAAAAGAGAGAAGAAAAGAAGCAAAAGAAAAGUCUACGGAAAUAAGGCCUCGGGGCCCUCUCAGCUUUUGGAGUCGUUAAACGACGCCGUAUUUCCGUAGACUUUUUAUGGGUAAAGCUAACUUCACCACCAUGAACAACCCACCUAAUCCCAAGAAGUCCCACUUUUUUAUUUAUUAAUUAAUUAUUUUAUCUUAUGCAAUUUGGUUAUAUUAUUAUUAUGUCCUAAACUUUUCUAAUGAAAGCGUUUUAAAUACGCAUUCAUUAUGUUAUUAUUGGAAUUUUAGCUUUAGAAUAACAAAGUACUGAUUUUGUGAUU